AUGGAUCUCAUUGGUAAGAUUUAUCCAGCCAGUAGCAAACAACACUGUUUCAUCAUUGUAGCUACAUACUAUUUCAGCAAAUGGGUGGAGGCCAAACCUGUUAAAUCUACUACAUCUCAAGAAAUCAUCACCUUCAUAGAAGAGCAGAUUAUACAAAGGUUUGGCAUUCCAGAAUCAAUCACAACUGACAGGGGAUCUUCUUUCAUAUGUGGAGAGAUGUUAGAUAUGGCAGAAGCAUUCAAAUUUAAGCUACUUCAAUCCACUCGUUAUUAUGCUCAAGCUAAUGGACAUGCAGAAUCAAGUAACAAAGUGAUCAUCAACAUUAUCAAGAAAAUGCUUGAGAAAAAUUCAAAGCAAUGGCAUGAGAAGUUAUUAGAAACUCUGUGGGCAUAUAGGACUUCAAAGAGAGAAGCAACUGGCAUGACCCCAUAUGCUCUAACUUAUGGUCAUGAUGCAAUUAUGCCUAUGGAAAUAGCAAUCCAAUCUCUUAGAAUUGCUCAGCAACACAAUUUGACUGGAGAAUACUACUCUCAAGCCAUGCUGCUAGAACUGGAAGGAUUGGAUGAAAGUAGAAUUGACACCCUCAACAAACUCUUAGCAGGAAAACAGGCUUUAUCGAGGGCCUACAACAAAAGAGUUAAAAACAAGAGUUUUGAAGAAGGAGAAAUAGUCUGGAAAGCAGUUCUACCCCUUCGAACACACAUAGCUGGUUAUGGGAAGUGGUCACCUACAUGGGAAAGUCCUUUCAUAAUCAAGCAAAUCCUUGGACUGGGGGCAUACAAAUUACAGGAUCGAGAUGGAGAUGUUCAUGCUGCACCAAUCAAUGGCAAAUGGUUGAAGAAAUUCUAUCCAACUAUGUGGGAUUCAAAAGCUGUACAAACAGAUUCUGGAAUAGAGAAGGAACAAAAUGAAACUGUUGUUUAG